AACUGAGCAUAUAUCAGAAGACCUCGCGAUGAACUUUCAAACGAAAUAACGAUGGAUUAUCUUCCCAAUCGGCGUUUUCUUGGGAUUGUGGCGUUAGGUUGCGGUGUGUAUGUAGCUAGAGAGAUGUACGUGAUGUAUUACAUGAAACCUUGGAACAGGGAAGAACACGGUUAUGAGAGACCACCACCAGAUGGCAAUUUUCCGGAUCUGCGCCUUCACAAUAAUUUGAUGGCAAAUCACCUCACUCCAGAUCUUUACAAUUCACUAAGGUAAGCAAAUAACUAGCAUGUACUAAGUAAUUAUUUGAGUAAUUAUUGAGAAGUAUGGGUCAAUAUAUCCCCCGCGUCCCCGACAUCCUCGCUUGUAUGAUUAUAUUGGCAUUAUUAUGCUUCAUGAUCACUGAUUCGUAUUGGGCUCUUUGUCCAAGAUUGAUCAGCAAACAUCUACUCCCGUUUCAAAAAACGGACUCGUGGAUAUUAUCCCUGGAAAUUACAAAUGAAAUCAAUUUACAAGUAAGCGUCACCAACGGCUUGCAGACCAAAUGGAAUAAUAUUUUUUAAACACUUUAGAGGAAAUUAUGCUAAUCUGAUUAAUAGCUAAAUUACGUGUUUUUCUGGGUAUUUUAAUAAUAAAAAUGAAAAGUUACGAGCUAAGCUAAGGCAGGCAGUGGAAAUGCCGUAAACUGCAGUAUAUACCCCCCACCCCUCCCCCUAGUUAUUCAACAAAUCGACCACAAUUUCCCAUAGUCUAUACUCUUAUAGACCAUAGAAAUGACAUCAUAAAAUGUUCAAAACUCAAGUGGAACCACCAGCAGCAAGCGAGUGGUCUCACUGCAAAGUUUUGAACAUUUUAUGGCCUCAUUUCUAUAGUCUAUGAGAGUGUAGACCGUGGAAAAUUGCAAUCGAUUUGUUUUUUACAAUAACAUUUAUUUUUAGUUUAUUGCGAAGUUCCUCGGAAAAUCACACGUGACAUGCUACACCAUCAGCGCGCGAGGAUUCGCUAAGUCAUUGUCAAAAAGGUCUUUCUACCUGUAAACAAAAAAUACAUCAGAUUGAAGAGUACAAACAUUAACCACAAAAGACGCAAAGGACCGCAAACGAAUAUGCCGAAGAACGUAGGAUCUAUAAAGAUCUGCAGGGCCCGGUUGCAUAAAACCUACACUUAAGUGCACACUUAAGUAGGUCACUUAUGAAUCCGUUAUGGGUACUCUUACGUGUGUUGCAUGGAACGCACUUAGCACUCUUGUAAGUUUCUGUUUUACGUGGCAUUUUUCCCGUAAAAAAGGUUUUAUGCAACACCUGCAAUUUCUGUUGCAUAAACGACACUUAAGUGAACACUUACAAAAAUCGUAAGUGCAACCACUUGAGUGAAUUCCCUAAGUGGACCACUUAAGUAAUUUAAUGCAACUGACUUAAGUUACGAGUGCACGUACGCGUACCCGAAGUUGUUACGGGCGUUUUAUGCAACCAGGCCCUGAUCCGCAAAAAUGAAAAGUAGACAUAUUAAAUUCUGCAAGCCGAAUACUGCAAUGCUGAUCGUACUAUGUGAAAAUUAACUCUGCAAAUUAACAUCCUGUAUUUUAGUCUUAAAGUCUGCAAAAAAACUGGUACGAAAAAAGUCCGGCAGUGCAUUCCACUGCUUAGCUGAAAAGUAAGAAAAGGAGUUAAGACCAUAGGUAGUUGUUUUAGGCUUACUUAGUGAAAGAAUGUAGUUGCCACGAAGAUCAUAGGAAGAGGACCGGAGUGAAAACAUAUUCUUCAUAUAAGUAGGAAAAUGAGUGAAAAACAAACUCUUAUAUAACAGAACGAGGAAAUUUUGAAUGCGUUUGUUAAACAAAGAAGUAGAGCUGACUUUUGAGAGAAGAGUGUUGUAUGGAGACGAGUAAUCUCCAAGUAUAAAUCUAAGUAUUCUUUUAUUUAAAGCUUUAAGCUUAUCCGCAUCGCGCGCUCCACAAAAGUGCCAGACAGAGGAGCAAUAAUAAAAGUGAGGUAAAAUAUACGCUUUGUAAAGUUUGAAUGAGAUUUCCUUGGGUUGAGUUUUCUAAAGCGCAACAUAACAUUAAAUUGAUUAUUAAUCUUUUUGCAUACAUUUGAUAUAUGUUUAGAAAAUUUCAGAUUAUUAUCUAUUUCCAUUCCAAAAAUCUCUAACGUGUCCUUUACUGGGAAGGAAAAACCAUACUCCGUAUCACCGAGGAUUAGACACUGGUGCUUGCUCUCAUUAACUAACAUCCCAUUUUCAUGGUACCACUGGUUGGCCACGCCAACAUCAUGAGAUACGCAUGCAUCCAGAGCUGCAGUAUCGACGUGGGAGUAGUAUACCUGAUGAUCAUCCGCGUAAGCGUUCAACUCAUUGUCUGGUUGUUACGCCGUACUGACGAGCCCCAAAGAGGACUAAACAGCUGUCUAUGGCAACAAUUAAUCCCGUUCUGUUUUGAGUUCUUUCGGUGUCGUGUUGAUGUGUCCAGAGUUAAUUUACACGUAGUACGAUCAGCAUUGCAGUAUUCUGCUUGCAGAAUUUAAUGUCUAUGAGAUUUUAGGCCGGCUCCCGGAUGUAAGCUCCCACUUUAGCUUGUAUUGAAGUGAAUUCGAUUUAUCAUUAUGAAUUUUUGAAGCUUAAUCAAAUUCGUUAAUUGUCACGUAUCGUUUGAUCAGUACUGCCAUAGCCCGUUGUGAAGCACUUUUUCUAUUCCGGUUAUAAGCUCCCUCCCUGUAUAAGCAACAGUUUACGGUAUGUACAAAGCCUGGUCAUGUGGCUACCAAAUGGAUUUUCCUGAUGGCAUUUCUGCUAAAACAGGUGUUCUCUCGCAAAUGACGGCUGAGAGUUUGGCAUGGCUUUGUUGCUCGUAGCAACAAAGAAAAAUUUUAGACCGUGAUAAUCCGUCUUGAAUGACAUAAUAACUCUUUCGUUCUUAGCAGUUAGGUUGUACCUCUUUUUCUAAUUCGUUUCGAAAUAUAUGUUUUUUGUGGACAAAUGAAGUAUUUCCUCUAAAAUUAAUUGGAAUGCCCGAGAUCAUGACGAACAAGACCAGAAUAACGAUUAACCAUAUGGUAGAAGCUCGCCUUUGCAAAAGUUUUAAAACAAAACACGUUAAAACAUUCCUACAUCUCUUUUUGUUAUUUCUGAAGGUGGGUGAUUAUUAAACGAAUAUUUCAAGUCGACAUAGUAUAUCAUCGUUGAAAAAAUUAAACCAAGUGCAGGGGCGGAUCCAGGAUUUUUUUGAGGAGGGGGUGCACUCGUCUCUUGCUCUACUUCAACACCAAUAAACCACACCCCGCCCCUGAAGUGAGAUAUUUUCCAUGAUAUGCAGAUGCUUACAUUGUUUAAAUUAUAUUCCAAACUGAACUAUAUUCUCAGCCUGAUUCUGAGAGAGCAUAAAUGAAUUGAAGUUCUCAUAAUAGCUUAUACCCAUGAAUCCAUUUUAAAAAGGUAACAAUUAAUUGAAAUAGUCCCUCAUAGACUAGCAACAUUUUCCAGGAAUUGCGUGUGGAAGGGGAAGCCGGAAUUUUGGAGAGGGGCAUGUCAUAUAUAAAGAACGAGUGAGCGAAUGAAACACCCAGCUAGUCGCUUUAAUCAGUGACGCCUUCCGUGUAUGACAAGUCCUUCAGCAGUUGCUGACCAUUAAACUUAAUUGCAACUUAUUAACUUAGCAAAAUAAAGAAUAAAGGCAUCCUUUAAAUUGUUAUUCUACUUAAUAUACUAUUUAAUUAUCCAAAAUAGAGUGACACACUCAUGUAAUUUAAAUUUCCUUUAUUAGGAACAAGACUACCGCAAAAGGAUUCACCCUCGAUAAAGCCAUUCAGGUUGGAGUGGACAACCCUGGAGUUCCAUGGCAACGGGCAUCCGGGAUAGUAGCAGGAGACAGAGAGUCUUACGAAAUGUUUGCUCCACUAUUUGACGAAAUCAUUCGAGAAUACCACGGAUACCGAAAGACUGAUUUUCAUUCUAGAGACCUGGACAGCCGCAAGAUUGUGGGCGGCAAACUUAGCAGUGCCUACGUACUUUCAGUACGAUUGCACACGAGGCGGUCGAUUCAGGGAUAUAGUUUACCGGCUGGAUGUUGCCGAAGUGAGAGAAGGGACCUCGAGGACCUCAUUCGAUUGGUUUUCAAGCGAUUGGGAGGUGAGUGGCGGCAAGGUGAGGGACCUUUCGGAGUCUUCUAUAUAAAGUACUCCACAUGAAUCAGCGGGUUCUGCUGGAAGAGAAACCUGCAGUCGACAAUUGAGACAAUCAAAAUAUUCCGCGUCUACAAAUGUCUUCGAGGGUAAUUCCGUAGACUACGAAUACAGCCGCUUCGUCUCUUCGCUCCUGGGCAUCGCUGGAACGUUUCGCGAGAUAGACACUCGGCUGUAGGGAGCGAUGAGAAACCACUGUUUUCGCAGGCUAAAAUACUGAAGCUUUAAAAUUACAUAAAUUAAAGCUGUGCGGCGAUUUUCUUUUUGCAGGUGAAUUUCAACAGAAAUAUUUAACCUAACCAUUACCAACGAAUGCCCUCGGAUACCUUGUGAAAGUUAUUAACAGAGUUACUUCCACCAUCUUCCAUCAUAAUAAAAGUAGAAACUAACUUCAGUCUAUAACGACCAAUCAGUCCUUCCGUACUCUCGCCUGGCCACCUUUUUAAAAGCUUCUUAUAACUGUCCGUAACUAUCAUCCAUCCCAGCAUCUCCUUAACUUCGAUUCCACGUUGGUAAGUUACUAGAAUUUUACAGAGAAAGCUCAUUGUAGGGGAGGUUAAAGUUAGAAAAUGAUCCCAUUUUGCCCAUAGUACGAAGCAUAGUUAGUGGAAAGACUUAAUUCUCUUUGAUUAUAUGACAGAUAUUUAAUAAUCAUUUCAGGCGAGUUCCAGGGUGAAUAUAAAAGCCUCUCCGAUUUUCCUGACCCUAGCCUUGGAUCACUCAACGUUUCCACUCAUCCCACGUCACCAAUCAUCACGUGUUCAGGCCGUGCACGUGAUUGGCCCGAGUCACGUGGUAUAUACCGAAACAAAGACAAUACUUUCGUUGUUUUUGUCAAUGAAGACGAUCACGUGCAGUUCAGGUGCUUCGAUAAAGGUGGGAACGUGCAAGGCGUGUUUGACAAGUUAAUCAGGGGAAUUGCAGCGUUUGAGCGAGAGCUUAAGAAGUCUGGGGAAGAGUUCAUGUGGGAUGAUCACCUUGGUUACAUCGUUUCGGACCCAAUUUACCUCGGUACUGCACUGGACGUUAGAGUAAGAGUCAAACUGCAUCACCUUUCUACGGUAAGGAUCAGUAAACCAGCUUGGUUUGCAAGCGUUUUAAUCUCUUAUGGCCGUUUUUACGUUUGGACGAACUGUGGGGGCUUGAUAUUUGGCCACUUCUUUGGACGAUUUGACACAGGGUCAGACUCGCAAUCUGGCGGUCCUGGGUUCGAGAGUUCCACUCUGACAACUGGCCGGAUUCAUUUCUCUGUAGUCUGCAAUUCAGUUCCUCGGCCAUGUUUAAUUGUCACAUAACAGCCAACAGGUUGUCUCCUACCAUUCGUGGUUAAAAAAACAAAACAAAAACAAAAACAAAACACAUCCCGUUAUGUUCUCUACUAUGAUUAGUGAACUUAUGCAACAGGGCGGGAGAGGAAAGAGGACGGCAAAUCUUGUGUGCCAAGACAGACAAUAAUUUUGUUUGACAUAAUUUCGCUAAACUUCACUUCCCUUUGAACCGAUCUUUUUGUAAAAGACCAGAAAACAUUAAAUUAUGUGAAGUGAAAAUCAGGACAUAACACGCAAGUAAUAGCCCUGUCACGUUUGACACGCACAAGCGUUUUGCUGUCUUCGUUCUUCCAGCCGUCCUGUUGCGUGAAACAAACAGCCUUCCCUGUCCCUACUAACAAUCCCAGAAGUCUUUGCGAAAGUUAACUUGGCGAAUACCCUAGCUUUGAAAUAUGCCAUAGCUAUUUCUGAUCAAUAACAGUAACCAAUCUUCCCCAGGAUCCAAGGCUAAGAUGGAUUCUCACGGCAUACAAACUUGAGAGGAGACGAGCAGGUAUGAUUCAUCUUUUUGGCUUAUCUCAGUUUUAUGGUCAACAAGAUGCCUUUAUAGAAACAGGCUUAUUCAGCACCGCAGAGCUAGCCUGGAAACAAGGGCUUUAGUUUCGUCGGAAGCUUGCUUGCAAAACUCACUGGCCUUGAACCAUCUGAAAACUGACCGAGACGCCGGGAAACUAGUUGUAACUUUCUAGCCUGUACUACGUCUUACGUGACAGUUCGAAUGAAACCUAUUCACUCCUACAUUUGGGAGUUUAAGCAACUAGCGCGUGACGGCGACGGCAACGAGAACGCAAAAAAAAAAUCAAUAGGUUUAACAAGCAAAGUACAACUCUGCACAUGCAGCACACAUUUCGGUAGACUUCUCAGCCGUCACUGCACGACUGCGACGUGGAAUUAUAGACUGCGAAAGCGCACCGCGACAAUUUUUUCUUUAUUUUUUGGACUUAAGUCUUCAACUCAAGAUAUAAUUCGCCUGCAUUUGGCAAAUUGGGCUAGUGGGAAUUAUUAUUGUUUUUCCAAGCAUCGAUGCUCUAACCAGGAAGAGUUAUUUUUUAACAUCCAAUUGGACGAUUGUAAGUGUGUGAGGCGCCAAUUUAACCUUUAAUUAAGAAAUCAAGGGAAUCUAUCAAGAUAUGCAAAGCUUCUUUCUUUCUUUCUUUCCUUUUUUUUUUCCAGGGCUCUCUGAAGGGGACCUUCUCUCUGGAGUAAUGUUUAUUCAUAGUUCGCGAACUCUUGGUGUUUCCGAGGUUUGUUUCUUUGUUGGUGGAUACUGCUUGUUUCAACAGCUGAAGUAGUCAAACAAAUAUAAAGAGCGAUUGCUGUACCGCCACCGAAAUGAUCCCCACCAUCGAAAUGAUCUCCGCCACCGAAAUGACCCCCAAUCACCACCGAAAUGAUCCCCACCACCGAAAUGAUACCUAUUCGCAAUCGAAAUGAUCCCGUCAUAAAUUUUUGGAACCUUGGCUUAAAUGGACUUGGGACUUUGCUAUCUAUUCUAAAUUCUUCGUGUAUUCAUGCAAACAGGAUUCUAAACAGAGGAAAAUAGAGAAAGCAAUUAGACUGAUAACAGUUCUAUACACUGAUUUUAUUUUCAAAAUUUUAACAUUUUUUUAAGGAACUACAUAAAUCCGCCUUGAACAGGGAAAAGGUUUAUCAUAUAACGUGAUAACGAGCAGAUUACAACUAGUUUUGCAAGAUUUGACUUAUUUUGCUUCAACACAAUUUUAUUAAGAAGAUUUUCUUGCAAAAAUAUAGAAAAAAAAAUUCGAAGAAAUAGAAGACAUAAGUGAAUUGCAUCUUUUGAACAAGUAUUGUCUAGUGUUAAACCAAAAAAAAAAAAACAAAAACAAUUUACUGCAAAAUAAAGUGCGGUAAAAGGUAAAUUACACACCGUAAAAAAGAUGCAAUGUAAAUAAAUAAAAAGCACGCACUAAAUUGUUGUCCAGUUUUUGUAGUCCUCUUAAUUCCAUUCCCGAUAUUCCGGGGAUCAUUUAGGUGGUGACCGCCGGUAUCAUUUCGGUGGUGGGGAUCAUUUCGGUGGUGAUUGGGGGUCAUUUCGCGAUCGGUGGCGGAGAUCAUUUCGAUGGUGGGGAUCAUUUCGGUGGCGGUACAAUUGCUGGUUUCUCCUUUUUUCAAGCAGUUCCGUAAAAUUUAACUGUGUGUGUUUUAUUCCGGUGUUUGAAAAGUUGCUGAGUUCUGAUAUCUAUUAUCCACAUAAUUUCAUAGUUUUUACCUUGUAGAGGAAUCUUUAAAUGUAGCGAGCUGGCCCUCGAAAGUCACAAAUCCAUAAACAGUCACCACAUAAGUUUCGGUAGUCUGAAUAAAAAGAGUUUCACUAAAGAACGGAAGUGGAGAGUUCAACGGGGUUGACCAGAAAACAUGUUCUUAGCUACAGUCCAUUCUCAAUGGCUCUAUGACUGACCUCCUCCAUAUUGCUCUUUAUUUUUGGCAUAUUAUUUUGCAAUACCCCUACCACGGGAUGGUUGAGCGGAACCGUUUUACAACACCCUAUACUACACACUUUUCGAUCUCUCUCUUAAGACCUCUCAUGACCUCUGCCAAUUUUUAAAAAUCUUUUUACUUACAUGCAAACUCAGUCAUAUAAGACUGUGUUUUUUCUAGGUACAUUCUGUUCAGCGCUUGUGUGAUGGAGUUAAUCGUCUAAUAGAAAUAGAGCGCAUGUUGGAACGGGGAGAAGACAUUGAAGAUGCCUUGCCAACGGCCCCGGUACCUCGUAGCGAAUUCAAAUUCGGUGUAUAG